AUGGGGGACGACAGCGAGUGGAUGAAGCUUCCCAUCGACCAGAAAUGUGAACAUAAGGUGUGGAAGGCCCGGCUGAGCGGAUACGAAGAGGCUCUGAAACUGUUCCAGAGGAUAGAGGACGAGAAGAGCCCGGAGUGGGGAAAAUACCUGGGACUGAUAAAGAAGUUUGUCACCGACUCGAAUGCCGUGGCUCAGCUGAAGGGCCUGGAGGCGGCGCUGGCCUUCGUGGAGAACGCACACGUGGCCGGAAAGACGACGGGGGAGGUGGUGUCGGGGGUCGUGACCAAAGUGUUCAACCAGCCGAAGGCCCGGGCCAAAGAGCUGGGCAUGGACAUCUGCCUGAUGUACAUCGAGAUCGAGAAGGCCGAGGUGGUUCAGGACGAGCUGCUCAAAGGCCUGGAGAACAAAAACCCCAAGAUCGUGGUGGCCUGCAUCGAGACGCUCCGGAAGGCCCUGAGGUGGGUGCUCCAGGGGUUAGCCCGGCCCGGGGACGGGGAUUAG